GUUUCUGCCAUUUUUUUUAUAGAAAUGUUUGUUGAGAGUGAGGCUUUUUAUUGACCCAUUUCCUGCGUAAGUGCAGUAAGAUUUCAAGAAUGAGUGACGAAAUUCCGGAUUUAAAUAUCUUGGACGAGGACAAUCCAGAAUGCGAUUCAAAACCACCUGCAACCCGGAAGGAACCGCUUUUGUUGGAAUCGGAAUGCAGCGAGAUUUUAGAAGUUUCUGGGUCACCAGGGCACCGGAAGUUCUAUGAACUGGGAUUGCAACCCGAAUUGUUGCACCCAUUGAAGCGACCUUCGCUACCCAACAUCUCAAUUUCGUCUGAAAAUGUGUCGCAAUCCCGCGAAGUUUUCUCGUUUAUUAGAGAGAACUUGAUCGGACGGAAUACUAUUUUUAAAGGACCUUUCGGAACCAGAAGAGCGUUGUACUGCGAUUACGUUGCCUCUGGGCAAUCUUUGGAAUUUAUUGAAGAUUACAUUCGCAAGGAGGUCUUGCCAUGUUACGGAAAUACUCACACGACCACAACGGUGACCUCGCUUCAGACCACUUUGUUCAGACAUGAAGCCAGGGAUAUUGUCCGCAAUGCAGUCGGAGCUGGAGACAAAGAUGCUGUGAUAUUUACUGGCAGUGGCACAACAGGUGCAGUUCACAAGCUAAUCAACGCCCUGAAGCCUGUUUUCGAUCAUUGUCCGCCGUAUGUUUUCGUCGGGCCGUACGAGCAUCACUCGAAUUUAUUACCAUGGCGUGAAUUGGGAGGAAAAGUGUUCAGAAUCAAGGAAACCUCGGACGGUGUUGUUGAUCUCAGCGACUUGGAAACCCAAUUGCGGGAAAGCGACGCUCCUUCGGGAACUUUGAAAAUUGGCUGUUUUGCAAUCGCGUCCAAUGUCACUGGAAUCCUCGUUCCGGAUUUGGAAAUUUCUUCCAUUCUUCGCAAGUACGAGGCCCUGGCUUUUUGGGAUUGUGCUGCUGGCGCACCAUAUGUUGCUGUGGAUAUGAAUCCCAAAGGUCCUUGGGGCGUGUGUCCGAAAGAUGCCAUAUUCUUUUCGAUGCACAAGUUUGUAGGGGGCCCAGAAACGCCUGGUAUUCUGGUGGCGAAAGAGGAUCUGUUCAUCAACCAAAAGCCUGACGGUGCAGGAGGUGGAACUGUUUUCUUUGUCACCGAAAAGAAUCACAGUUAUCUGAAGAAUGUGGAAGAUCGUGAGGAAGGAGGAACUCCACCGAUAAUUCAAUCCAUUAGAGCAGGUUUGGCGAUGAGGGUCAAGGAAUGGGCCACGACCCAGGCCAUCGGGGAACGUGAGAGGGAAUUUUGCAGG